AGAACAACAAUAAAACACCACCUUCACGUCAUCCUGUGUCACUCCGGCGUUGUGCUCCAUUCAACCAUUUCUACCGCCUGCGCCUUCCGUUUCUCACUCAUUCCCCACUGCAAUGGAAACUACACUGGGAGAGCAGCUCGCAACACGCGCUGAAAGCCCCAACUUUUCCUCUUCACUGUAAAGUUCGCCCUCCCCUCACUGAAUCAACCCCAUAGCGCCUCGUCGCAUUCUAUCGCCAUGUCCGCCUACGUGUCGUCGACCCGCGUGGAGGAGCGCAUCGCGAAGCGCGCGAGCCUGAACGCCGGGAGCUGCGACGUGCCCGUUGUGGUGGAGAGCGCGCAGGGCGGCAAGGCGCACUUCAGCGUGCUGCCGCGCGACGCGACGGUUGCGCAGCUGACGAGCGCGGUGCGCCGCCUCGACGGCGUCGACGCGAGGAAGGCGGUGUCGCUUGCGGUGGCGCAGUGCGCCGUUGCGCCGACGACGACGCUUGGCGAGCUGCACGACGCGUGCCGCAGGCGGACGACGGCAUGCUGUACGUCACCUACACCGCCGAGGCCGCCAUGGGUGCCACCGUGA